AUGUCAGUGAACUUGCGUACCGUGUACGCCUUUGCCAGGGAAAUGUAUCCCAAGAAGGUGAAGGGAGAUAUUCAGUAUGGAACAGCAGGAUUCCGGACAAAACGUCAAAUGGAGACACAAAUAACAGUGAAUCCUAUUACAUUACCCACAAAUAUCGAUGCUUUUGAGAAGAACAAAAGCUCCUGGGAUCGAUGGGUAAUGAGACUGGAGGAGACUUUUUCUUGCUUCGGCAUCACGGACGGUGCCAAAAAGAGAAGCAUGAUCCUGCAUUACAUGGGACAGGAGAACUUUGAGAAGCUGUGCGAUAGAAUUACGCCGCAAGUACCGAGAGAUUUGACAUACGAGCAAAUUGUUGCUCAACUGAAAGAGUGUUUCAACCCUGUACCAAAUGAGAUUGUCGAAAUCUACGAGUUCCAGAAGAGAGAACAACGGGAGGGUGAAACUUGUGAUGAAUACUUGGCGGCCCUACGGAAAAUGGCAACUUACUGCAAUUUUGGAUGUGCAACUUGCAACUAUCUGGUAAAAGCUCUAAGGAAUCAGUUCGUGGCUGGACUUAAGAACAAGUCCAUCCAAAAGAGGCUUUUGGAGAAACGAGAUUUGACAUUGGAGACUGCGCUGGAUAUAGCCAAAGCCAUGGAGGCAUCCCAGAAAGGUGAAGAAUUGCUGUCCGGAAAGAAAGAAGAAGUUCUGAAGUUGGAUGACUCAACUGAGAAGACUCCACGUGAACACCAGGAAGGUGCAAAGACGUUGAAGUGCUUCAGAUGUGGAGUAAGUACUCACUUGGCAAAUACAUGUGUUCAUAAAGAGAAAACGUGCUUCAACUGCAACAAGAUUGGCCAUCUCGCUUCGGUUUGCCAUCAGAACAAGUCGUCAAGGGGUAAUGAUAAAGGGAAGGGAAAAGAUAAAGUUCAGAUAAAUAAAGUUGAAGAUUUACUAUACUAUGAGUGUAAGAAUUCAGAAAAAAUUUUGCUAAAUGUCAAGUUGGAAGGCAAAGCCAUGACUUUCGAGGUGGACAGCGGGUCCCCUAUUUCGGUCAUUACGGUUGAUGACAGAGAUAGAUUUUUCCCAAAUCUUGAAAUAUUUCCUACCGAAAGGAAAUUUGCAAGCUACAAUGGUAGCAAGAUAGAUAUCAUUGGUUUUCUCAGGGUAACAGCAGAAAUUGGGGGCCGUAGCCUGCAAGGAUUGAAUCUUUAUGUAUCGAUGGGUCCUUCCAAGGUGCCUUUGUUGGGAAGAGAGUGGUCUCGGAAACUUCAUUGGUUAAAUUGGAAUCAGAUUAUGUCAUUAAAUAAGAUCAAAGAGAUUCAUGAUACCGAGGGUCAUAAAAUUCAGAUUGAAGAAUUAAAAGAAGAAUUCAAGAACGUUUUUGAUAAGUCUUUGGGAAAGAUAGUAGGAGUUAAAGCGGAACUCAAAUUGAAAGACGAUGCAAAUCCAGUAUUUUUGAAGCCGCGUCCAAUGCCCAUUGCUAAAAAGGAAGCCGUUGAGAGAGAAAUCGAUAAACUAGUUAAAGAAGGAGCUUACGUUAAAGUUAAUCAGAGUAGGUGGGCAACACCUAUUGUUGCUAUACCAAAAGCUUCCGGGAGUGUGCGAAUCUGCGGAGAUUACAGCGUGACUGUUAAUCCAAACUUGAUAGUUGAUAAACAUCCUCUUCCAACGGUAGAAGAACUUUUUCAGGACAUGGCAGGAGGUGAUAAAUUUUCAAAAUUAGAUUUGUCUCAAGCCUACAUGCAGCUCGAAAUGCGCGAAGAAGACAGAGAGAUUCUUACUUUGAAUACACAUAAAGGCUUGUACAAACCUACGCGACUUAUGUAUGGAGUUGCGUCUGCUGUGGCUAUUUGGCAGAGGGUAAUGGAGGCCUUAUUACAUGAUAUUCCAGGCGUUAAAGUUUUUCUUGAUGAUAUAAGAAUAACGGGGGCAAAUGACAGGGAGCACAUGAUGAGACUUAAAGAGAAAAUUAACUACUGUGGAUACGUCAUAGAUAAGGACGGAAUUCACAAAGAUCCCCGAAAGAUUGAAGCACUGGAGAAGAUGCCGAGGCCCCGCAAUAUCGACGAAGAAAUGGGUAGUGAUCAAUUUCUGGCUCAUUAUGAUCCGAAUCAGAGUCUGGUACUGGCAGUGGACGCUAGUCCGGUGGGCGUAGGGGCAUGCUUGGGGCAUCGAUACGAAGAUGGGUCGGAAAAACCACUGUUUUAUGCGUCGCAAACUUUAACAGAGACCCAAAGGAGAUAUACACAGAUUGAUAAAGAAGCUUACGCCAUAAUUUUUGGGAUCAAGAAAUUUUAUUCCUAUUUGUAUGGACGACAUUUCAUAUUGAUUACAGACAACAAACCAUUAUCUCAAAUAAUGAAUCCAGAAAAGGGCAUUCCUCAGUAUACGGCAUUGAGAAUGCAACAUUAUUCUGCUUUUUUGAAAGGAUUCGACUUUACUUUGGAACAUAGGAAGACACAAUCACAUGGAAAUGCUGAUGGACUGUCUAGGCUGCCAUUACCAGAGACCUCUGAAUUUGAGACUGAUGAUCCAGAAAUAACGCAAAUAAAUUUGAUCAGUGUUUUGCCAGUUACUGUAAAACAGAUUCAGGACGAGCUAAAGAAAGAUUCGGAUAUGCGUAUUCAAAAUGGCCUGAGGUAG